GCACACUGCACUUCUCAGUUACAUUUAUACCAUCAGUCACCCACACACACAAUUGAGUCAUAAGAAUGAUGAAAACCCGUUGUUUCACAUAUUUGACGGUUUUAUUGAACUGAGUAAUGUCACAUACACAUACUAGUAGUUCCUAAAAAAUAUUAACACUAACUAUAAAUCAUUAGCCUGUCCUUGCCCAAAGUCCAGAAGCCAGCCUUAUGGAGUCCAAAAAUAUUCAUUCAGAACUGCAGACUUUAUGAUUGAAGCAACGGUCUGCACGCAACCACAAAGCGCUCGGAGCAUCAGAGAAUUCGGCACCGAGCAGGGCACCCAGAGCAGCGCGGCCUGUCUUGGAGGGGCGCCGGGUCACCCCGCAGCUCGGCUCCUGGAGUUCCGCCUCCCAGCGGUUCCCCAGGGUUGGGGGUCCCUUGCCCACAGCCGUGGUUACGGGCGCCGUCCUCUACCACGGCGUGGCUGGGCUGAGGAAGCAGGAAGGAGAACAGCCUGGACUUGGGAAGCUUUGGAGCUUCUCUCGCCCGUGCGCUGCAUCCCACGGCGACUCUCGGGGAAGCACCGCCCGGGCUACGGAGGACCGCGGGUCCGCUCCGAGCUCCAGCACCGCGCCGACUUCUCGCGAGAUUUCGGCCCGCCCCUCCCGCCCCCCUCCGUCCCCUCGGCUCGGCUCGGCCCGGCCCGCAGCUCCCGCUAUGGCUGCGCUGCGGAGGUUCCUGUGGCCGCCGCCUCGGCUGUCGCCGGCGCUCGCCCCUCAGCAGCCCUUCCUCUCACCGUGGGGGCGGCCUGCGGGGACGGCUCCCGGGAUGUCGGGCCGGCCCUUCUCCUGCCGGGAGGAGGACGAGGGGGCCGUCGCGGAGGCGGCGUGGCGGCGGCGACGCUGGGGCGAGCUGAGCAUCGCGGCGGCGGCUGGCGGGGGGCUGGUCGGCCUUGUGUGCUACCAGCUGUAUGGGGACCCCAGAGCCGACCCCUCGGAGCUAGCGGCCCCGGAACUCGAGGACCCGCCCCGCGGCAGGGGGCUGCUGCCCAUCCCGGUGGCUGCUGCCAAGGAGACGGUUGCUACUGGCAGAGCCAUUACUGAAGACUUGGACCUCUAUGCUACAUCUCGAGAGAGACGGUUUCGUUUAUUUGCAUCUAUAGAAUGUGAAGGACAGUUAUUCAUGACUCCAUAUGAUUUUAUUCUGGCUGUUACAACAGAUGAGCCCAAAUUUGCUAAAACGUGGAAGUCACUUUCUAAACAGGAAUUAAGUCAGAUGCUCUCAGAAACUCCACCAGUUUGGAAGGGAUCAUCAAAGCUUUUUCGAAAUCUUAAAGAAAGAGGUGUGAUUUCUUACACAGAAUAUCUUUUUCUUUUAUGUAUUUUAACAAAGCCCCAUGCAGGUUUUAGAAUAGCUUUCAACAUGUUUGACACUGACGGAAAUGAGAUGGUGGAUAAAAAAGAAUUUUUGGUGCUUCAGGAGAUAUUCAGGAAAAAAAAUGAAAAGAGAGAAACUAAAGGAGAUGAAGAAAAACGUGCCAUGCUGGUACUUAAAACAGAUGCUGGGGAACUUGUCUCCAGAAGCUACUGGGAUACCCUGAGACGUAGCACAAGCCAGGCGCUCUUCUCAGACCUCGCAGAGCGUGCUGAUGACAUCACAAGCUUAGUAGCAGAUACUACACUUCUGGUACACUUUUUUGGAAAAAAAGGAAAAGCUGAGCUCAACUUUGAAGAUUUUUAUAGAUUUAUGGACAAUCUACAAACAGAAGUUCUAGAAAUAGAAUUUCUUUCCUACUCUAAUGGAAUGAAUACUAUCAGUGAAGAAGAUUUUGCCCAUAUUCUCCUGCGGUAUACUAAUGUGGAAAAUACAUCAGUAUUUUUAGAAAAUGUGCGCUACAGUAUAUCUGAAGAAAAGGGCAUCACAUUUGAUGAGUUCAGGUCAUUCUUCCAGUUUCUGAACAACUUAGAAGACUUUGCAAUAGCUCUCAACAUGUAUAACUUUGCAAGCCGCUCUAUAGGACAAGAUGAAUUUAAACGUGCUGUAUACGUAGCUACUGGACUGAAACUUUCACCACAUUUGGUGAACACUGUCUUCAAGAUUUUUGAUGUUGACAAAGAUGACCAAUUAAGUUAUAAAGAAUUUAUUGGAAUUAUGAAAGACAGACUCCAUAGAGGGUUCCGGGGUUAUAAAACAGUCCAGAAGUAUCCGACCUUCAAAUCCUGCCUGAAAAAGGAACUUCACAGCAGAUAAAUCGUCCUAAACAAGAAUUGAAGGAUUAUGUCCUAUGUGACCAGGCAAGGAGCAAGAUUUUGAGUGGAUCCAAAUGUAAGGUCAGAGCACGCAGAAAAUGAAGGGAACGUGAAAUGCUAUGAAAUUUACAUUUUUUUCCUUGAAUGGAGUUUGUCAGCGUCCAACAGGAAAACUGCAUCUUCUAAUUACAAGCAUUAGCUGGCGUUGAGCCUGGGCACCACCAGAGAAAACUUGCUGCAAACACUAAAUCAGCCGAGCUUUCAGAGCAGUGACCGGCUGCUCUGAACUUCUUCAUUCCCUACACCUCGGUAGUCCCAAUGACUGUCUAGUCUCAUAUUUAGAUUAUUUAUUUAUUAGAAAUGUCCUUUAUUUCAGAAUAAUUUAUGAAUGAUAGAAUAUAGAUGGAAACACAUUUUCUUCAGGUUUGCACUGUGAGCGUGUUUUCAUACAGUGAAUAUUGCUUCAGAUUUGUCCUGGGCCCUUAAAUUGUUAGUCUCUGUUAUUUAUCUUGUAUUUAAUUAUACUGAAGAAAUUUCAGAAAACAAGUGAAAAUUUACUAAGCAAUAGGAUGGUUUACAUUGUACUUUCAACUUUUAAAAGUACUUAUGUAAUAUAUGUUGUUGGAUUUAUGUAAAUUUUUGUUUGUUUUUGCUGUUCUUUGUGUUUUGUUUUUGUACCAAAGCCAACAGAGAUUCAGUUAUUUUAUUUUAACAGAAAAUUAGAAUUUUUUUUUUUUUUUUUUUUUUUUUACGAAAACACAGCAGUCAUGUACUGAUGUUAGUAACCACCACCCUGGGAUUUCUAGUCGCAGGUGUGACAUAUGGAACUAAGAACUGUAACAUGGGCUAUUUAAUAUAUGUCUAUAGCGUCAGAACUAAUGUAAAUGGCCUAGAAGGUUGAUGUAUAUUUAUUUAAUAGAUAGGAGAUAAUGUUUUGUUUCUUGAAAAAAAGGACCACGUUCAAAAUUGAUCCAAUCAGUCAGUAGUGAUGAAUCAUUGGUAUGUAAUCCAUUACAUCAAAAUAAUGUGUCUUAAAAGAGAAAAUAAAACUUUCUCUUGAAAACCCCACUUGAGAGACUGGCCAGCAUGGGUCACCUCAAAGUCUGCCUGGCUGUUGUGCAAACUCAAGCCAUCUUGGCAACUUAGAAGAACCCUGCCAAAGAUAAAAACCACUGGGAAAGUACGUAGCUUAGUGCAGAGGGUUUGCCUGCCGUGCAUGAGGCCUUAGGUUUAAUUCCCAACUCUGAAAAAGAAAGGGAAGGCAAGAGAGGGGAAGGGAAGGGAAAGAAAGAAGUAGAAAAAGAAAAAGAGGAAUCCUAGAUUUUUAUGUUGAAAAAUAAUUUUAGAAUAUUUAAUAGAACUUUGGCUACCUGAUAAAAUUGGUUUAUACAAAGGUACUAUAAAAUACUGCAAUGAGUUUAAUACAUCUAUGUAUUGCAUGUCAAAAGAUUAAUAGAUUCGUUUAUCUUCUUUUGUAAGAAGCACGUAGUACACACUGCAUACACUCCAACCAUUACUUUGCUUUUGCAUAGGAAAAUAGGAAACACUGGCUUUAAGUUAUUGAAUGUGAAAUUGAUCUGUAUCAGCCUAUUUGUAAACUGUUAUUUUGGUGUUAUUAUUAUUGAUUAUGUUUUCUAGACCUUUCCACAUUGUUCAUCUGAUAUUAUUUAUUGCACCAAUAAAGAAAUAGAAAUGUGCAAAUGCAGCCGAGUUAUACUUACCCAAUUUCACCUGCUUUGAAACUUUUGUCAUCGAUGGCUAGAGAGAGAUAGCUACCUACACAUUUAUCAUGUCUUAGGCCUAGAUUGUUCUUGGUGUGUAGAAUAAUUGAAAAAAUACAAAUUAAUCUUUGUCCACUACUUAUAUUAUCGCACAUACAUGGAAACAAGGUUUCCAUUGUUAAUAUGGAUUAAAAAUUAAAUAACCUAUUUAAAGAUCCAUUAUAAAUAUGUCAGUGUCCCAAGAAAAUAGCAUAAUAUAGUCACACUAGUCCUUUUUUUUUCUUUUUGUAUUUGAUUUAUUUAUUUAUUUUUAAAUUAGAUAUUUUCUUUAUUUAUUACCAGGAGACUAAUCACACUAGUCCUUAUUGCUUUAUUGUGAAUGGGUUUGUUUAUAAGGUGGCAAGAUAAUGUAAAAAUGAGAGUAAAUAAGAUACGCUGACGAGUUAAUAUGGUGAGAGAACAGUGAACGACUGUGGCUUCCCUCAUGUCACUUGUAACCCUUUCUGCCGAUACAGUGGGGCAGAGAUAACUCACUGGCGCUGGCUACGUCACCUGAAAUGGGUUUGAAUGUUUGCAAAUAACACUGAUAGAGCUGACUCCUGAGAGGCUCUCCUAGAUCCUGAAAAACACAGAGUCGGAUGCUCGCAGCCAACCAUUGAACUAAGCACGGGGUCCCCAGUGGAGGAGUUGGAGAAAGGACUGAAGGAGCUGAAGGGUCUGCAGCCCCAUAGGAAGAACAAUAAUAUCAACCAACCAGUACCCCUAGAGCUCCCAGGGACUAAACCACCAAGCAAUGAGUACACAUGGGGGGGCCCAUGGUUCCAGCUGCAUAUGGAGCAGAGGAUGGCCUUGUCAGGCAUCAAUGGGAGGAGAGGCCCUUGGUCCUGUGAAGGCUCAGUGCCCCAGUGUAUGGGAAUGCCAGGACAGGGAGGUGUAGGGGGGUGGGCGGGGGAGUACCCUCAUAGAAGCAGGGGGAAGGGAAUGAAAUAGAGGGAUUCUAGAGGGGAAAUUGGGAAAGGGGAUAAUAUUUGAAAUGUAAAUAAAUAAAAUAUCCAAAAAAAAGUUACUAUGAAAUUCAUCUUUCAAGGAUAAUUUUGUCCACUUAGUGAAGGACAAGAAGUUAGUAGAAAAAAAAACAAAAACAAAAGACAAAACAAAAAAAAAAAAAGCAAGCACAUGGAAUAGGAAUCUGAAUGGGGAGAGAUUUUUUUUAAUUGAGACUAAGUAAUAGGAAGAAUAAUUUUAAAUGCAUGUACAUAAAGGUAAGAUGAUACUGUGUGUUUUCCUGUGAGUUCCAGAUGGCAGACAUGGUUUUAAUGAGAAUGUGGUGUGGUUUGCUGUCCUUCGCCAGUGCUGGGGAAGCUUGUCUGAAUAACACAAAAUUGUUACCUCAGCCUUUAUCUCUGGAUCACAGUAUCCUGUUGUAUAUUCUUAUAAUUUAUAAUUUUAAUAUGCCCGUAAGUUCAGUGAAAUGGUAUGUAAUGGAAAAAGUAGCAAACUCAUUUAUGGUGUUGAUGUGAAAUUACCUACAAGACAUUUAUAUGAGAACACUGUAGGGUUUAAAAUGUCUACUGAGCUACAGUUGUACUCCAAAUAUAUUUUAAUUACCUAGUACUGCAUUGCAAUUGAAUUCAUUAUUCAGUGCUUCUCAACCUGUGAAUUGUGACCCCUUUGAGUUUUGAAAAACCCUUUCACAGGGGUGGCCUAAGACCAUUGAAAACACAUACAUUUACAUUAUGAUCCAUAACAGUAGCAGAAUUACAAUUAUGAAGUAACAACAAAAGUAAUUUUGUGGUUAGGGGGUCACCACAGCAUAAGGAACUGUGUUAAAAGGUUGCAACAUUAGGAAGGCUGAGAACCACUGCACUAUAUGUGUAUACUUUAAAAGGCAAAGAGCUAUAAAGUUUCAUUUUUAGUCAAAAUUAAUAACUUUCUCCAUUUCAAUUUGCUAAAAUGUUCAUAUAUCUAAUUUACCUGUCACUAAUUCGUUAAGAUUCAUCUCUAAAACUGUGCAUUGUUAAUGAAUUUGAACACAUCUGACUGUACUAAAGCCCUUUAUUAUUCUGAAAAAUCCCUGCAGAUGGUUUUCAUCUCACUGACCCAUCAUCACUCGUGGCCCCACUCCCUGGAAUAGAGAUGGCGUUCUGGGGCCUCCAUCCCCAGCACAGCCUCUGUACCUUUCUCUUUCUGGAGUGAGAGUGCCCUGUAGCCCCUGAAGGAAGUUGCAUAGUGAGUGAAUUAUUUAGCUCUGUGCCUUGAACGGUUGGGCAAUAGUCCACGCAGAGACAGCUCUGCCUCCAAAUUGUGAAAGCAUUGUCCCAUUGCGUUCUCAACAAGUUUGAUGUCAUUAUGAGGCCUCACUGUUUUCCUUCCCUCCUGGAAGCUGCUGUCUUUGCUAAUUCUGGUUCUGUAAGGUUUCUCCUUGCUGUGCCUCAAUACAGGUUUUGUAUCCAUU